AUGGAUAAUGGUCAGCUGAGUGGUGUUGUUUUCCUUGAUAUUAGAAAAGCUUUUGAUUCUAUUGAUCAUACAAUCUUAUUGCAGAAGAUGAAUGAUCAAUUUGGAAUAAAAAAUGUGGAACUGGAUUGGUUUAAGUCCUAUCUAACUAAUAGAGAGCAAGCAUGCAUUGUCAACGGUGCAAUGUCAUCACCUAAAACGAUUGUGUGCGGAGUUCCGCAGGGAUCAAUUCUUGGUCCCUUGCUGUUUUUAUUAUAUAUUAAUGAUUUACCCGAAUGCCUCGAAAAAACUUCGCCACACCUAUACGCUAAUGAUACUCAAAUUUCUACUUCUGCUAAAACUAUUGAGGAACUUACUGAAAAUCUAAAUAAUGACCUGAAAAAAGUCGGUGAGUGGCUUGCUUGA